AUGGAUAAUGAAUGGCCUGCAUCUCUACGAUCAUGGCCGCUCACGCUCAGCACGUCCGAAGUCCCGCAACUCUACAACGACGUAGGAACUGUUUUUGUAGGCCUGGAACGAGUUCGAGUUGAGGUCAACGUCGCCGUCUUAUGCCACUUUUCAAAAGUCUUCCAAGGUGCGUUGUUCGGCGGCUUUUCCGAGGCUGCAUCAAAGGAGCUUGACUUGUCCGGUAAGUCGAUGCCUGAUUUCGGGCUCUUUCUUGCGUGGCUGUAUACUCGCCAGAUUGUGCUUCCCUGCACGGACGACCACGAGGCCUGGGCACGCUACGUACAAGCCACUCGCCCUCCGGACUUUGACCCGAGCACAAGUGACGACGCUUCCGAAGCGGAAGCCCUGCCUAACGAUCCACGUUUCCGGAGUCAAGAUGCCCUGCUCGACCUUUGCAUCUUCGCAGACCGAAACGAUAUCGAAGCACUCCGAAACGAUGUGAUGACGAUGGCGGUCAAGCUUCGCGAGGAAGGCUGGCCUCCUUUUGCACUGUCUUUGAAUCGCAUCCGCUACGCUCUACAAUCCUUGCCUUCCGGGUCAGCCUUCGUUAGAUUUCUGAUGGACGAGGUUGCUCGUUCUCGUUCGAUCAGUUACAACCAGAACAGCUGGCGUCUUAAUGGUGACUUGCCCAAGGAGUUCCUGAUCGGCGUGACGCAUCGCCUCACGGUGCUUAGAGAUACGGCGUGGCAUCUGGAAGAUCUCGGCUGGGUCGGUGAACACAGCUACAAGGCGCGGGCAGACAGAACAGAGUGGUACGACAAAGUCUGCACUGCGUACCAUGAGCAUUCAUCAAGGACCGAGAAAGAUUUGUGUCGUCAGCAACUCACCGGACUGAGCGCCAGGAUGGAGGAUGUGAUUGGCGACACAUGGCUCGAGCAGCCAGUCAAGGCAUUCAACGCCUAA